CCCCAAACCAGUCCCAAAAACAAAAAAGUGAGAGACCAUGAAAACAAAAGUCCUGUGCUUGAAUCAUCAUCAUCAUCUUCCUCUAAACAUCACCAAAUCUCCAUGGACUAACCCUAGGUUCACAAGAAGCUCAACCCUAAUUAUUCCCAUAACAACCACUAGAACCCCAACAUACAAGACAUUGAAGCUCAACGCCGAGUCUAAAGGGUUCGGUCAGACCGACGAUAAUCUAACCCGCAAAAAGACCAAAAGCAACAACAACAGCAACAACAACAAUAGCAUGUUCAGGGAUGACAUGAACUAUGAUGACGACGACGACAAAGAUGAAAAGAUACCAGAUGUGGUGUUCGAGAGAAUCAUAGGAAGGAUAUUGUUAUAUGUUGGGGCUCCUAUGGGGACUGGCUUAGUAUUGUUGCAAUUGUUCAAUGUGUUAAAAGAGAAACAUUUGUGGGAUGCUCCAAUUUGGGUGCCAGCCUUGACCACACUCAUCACUUUUGGAGCUUCUACACUUGGGGUAGCUUAUGGGGCUCUAUCUACAAGCUGGGAUCCAAACAACAAGGGCUCCAUUCUUGGGAUUCAAGAAGCUAGACAGAAUUGGGAUGAUAUGUGGCUUGCAGAUCAAGAACAACAAGAUACCAACUAAUCAUAAUAUUAUUAAUAUAUUAUUCUAUCAACUCUACUUAAUUUAUUUCAAAUAUAUAUUGGAGUUUCAUUAGUUAUUUUAUCUAUUUUUUGGAUAAUUUUUGUAUUGUACAUGUGAGGUAUGUUAAGUGUUGUCCAUGAAUUAGGGUAACAUUUCCCAUAUAUACUAAAAAAAUAUAUUUUUAAUAAAACAUUUAAUAAUAUUGUUGGUUUUCUAGCUAGUGGGUACUACUUGUAAAUAUGUCAUGAAUUUAUAAUAAUUUUUUUUAUAUUUGUUUACAGUUGUCCAA